GACACUAAAGAUGGUUAAAAUGGUCAAUUUUACAGGGUGUAUAUUUUAACAGAGUUUAAAACAAGAGGUAAGGGACUGAAAGUGAGGUUAGUCUGGAGUCACAGCUGGGACAGGAAGCACGUGACUCCUGAGAGGGGAGUUUGGGCCAAAGCCUCAUUAUACUUGCUGAACGGGUGGCAGCCCUGCCACAAGCGGCAUCUGGAAGCUGGACCCCUGGCCACCCUCCUUCCCCAUCGCAGCCACGCCCUUUAGCAGAUGACAGGCGGUUCUCGGCUGUUCCCUGGGAGCCCGUGGACGCCACUCGAGAUGUCCCCUUUUGGUGGCUGGGGACUGCUCUCGGCCUUCCUUGCCCUGCUCUGCUGCACAGGGUCUGGCGAGGAGGCAUUCGAGGUACGCAUGUGGCCAGAGCAGCUGAUGGUGGAGUCCGGGGAGUCUCAGGUGAUUAACUGUAGUACCACCUGUACCCAGCCCAACACCGGUGGUCUGGAGACCACCCUACACAAGACUCUCCUGGAGGAACAGGAUCAGUGGAAGCUGUAUGAGGUCUUCAACAUCUCCCAGGACACAGAUAUCAUUUGCCAUUUCACUUGCUCCGGGAAGCAGGAGUCCAAGAGCCUGAACAUCAGUGUGUUCCACCCUCCAAAGCAAGUGCUGCUGAAGUUAUGGCCCACUUUAGUGGCUGUAGGGAGAUCGUUCACCAUCCAGUGCAGGGUGCCCUCUGUGGCACCCCUCGAAGGUCUCACUGUCACCCUGCUCCAUGGCAGUGAGAUCGUAUACAGCCAGACCUUUGUGGGGACAACACUUUCCCCCCAAGAGGCCAUGGUCACCCACAACACCACGGCUCACCGGGAAGACGACCGCCACAACUUCUCCUGCCGGGCCGAGAUGGACCUGCGCUCUCGCGGCGGGGACCUCAUUCACAGCAUCUCAGAUCCCCAGGCGCUCGACGUCUAUGAGCCCGCACAAGACAACCAGGUGGUGGCCAUCAUCACGGUCGUGUCAGUGCUACUCUUCUUGUUUGUGACAUCUGUCCUGCUGUGCUUUGUCUUUGGGCAGCAGUGGCACCAGAGGCGGACAGGUACCUACGGGGUGCAAGCUGCUUGGAGGAGGCUGAGGUGGGCCUACCGGGCAUAGCCUACGUGAGCGGCAUGGCCACCAGCACGGCGGCCACUGGGACUCAGCAUGGCUCCUUAGGGCUGUGGUUCAGCCCUGGCUGAAGGACCACGACAAGCAGCAGAGGACGUCAGGGACCCUCCCUUUCCUAGUCUGAAUACAAACACCUGGACUUAACCCUGUGCCUCAGUGUCUCCUCCUGGGAAUGGUCAGGAAGGGAGCCACCAGGCCCAGCCGGACUUCGGUCUCCAAAUGUCCCCUCAGCCUCCCUCCACCCUCUCCUUCACGGGGGACUUCCAGAGCCCCGGGGAGCCCAGGCCCUGGGGCACCCCCAUGCUGACCAGCCCAGGCACCAGACGCCCACCCUCAUCGGACACUGAGCGACUCAUUCCUACUGAGGGUGGGUGGGGAGAUGCACCAUGGCCCAGAGGGGCAGAGAGACACUCUGUUUCCACGUGGCCCUCUGGGACCGCAGGCCCUCUGUGUCAGAGCAGGGCAUGGCUCUGACCUUUCCUUUCUGUCAACAGAGCCAGCUUCCAGGGGUAAGCAUGGGGGCCCCAAGGGCUCAGCUUCAGGAUCUCCUCAGCCAGGCCUCCCCCAUCACUCUGGGCCUGCAGAGAGCCACGGACAACAAAAGCUGUCCUCGCCUCUUACCUCCUGCUCGGUUAUUGGGCCAACCCGAGACGCCGCAGCGCUGGCCAUCCCCGGGGUGGGGGGUGAGGGAGUGGAGGUCGAGGGAGGGCUCUGGUUCCCAGGCCUCUGCCAGCCCAGGCAGCGAUCACUGGGACAGGGUUGGGCUGUUAUGUGACCGCCAGGGCCUGGACACUGCUCUAAGGGGCUCUCACCCUGAAGCAGAGAUCAGGCUGGUUCAAGGUCUCCGUGGGGUAGAGAGGGGACUGACUGACCUCGGGGAGAGGGCCUAGUUGGGGCUGAGGGGGUAAGAAGGGCUGCCAGGCAUAGGUUCAGGGUUAGAAAAGCACUAGCGGGGCACACAGGGGCUCCAGGGCUAUUUCCAGCUCUGCGGUGAAGCUGGCAUGGGUCCUGGGGCUGACGUCUGUCCUCACGGUAGGCUCUCGGCAUCAUAGUAGUCUGGGGGGAGACAGCACCCUCAUCGUGACUCCCUCCUGCCUCAGUGGAGCCCAAGGAGGAAACUGGAACGGGAUAGGCCGGUUGUCUGCGGCCAUGACAGUAGGGGCCCUCAGCCCCACAGGGCGCAUGGCCUUCCUGGCCUUCUGAUCCACCGCCAGGCCUGGGCCCCACUGCCCACCCACCUGGCCCCUACCUGAAGCUGGGGGUACAUCCACACCCACAGUCCCUGUGGCGCUGGGGGGUGGAGGCGGGGGCACGGCUCUCCUGGGACGGGGAGAGAAAAGAAAGAGCCCCGUCAGAGGCCCCAGGCUAGCCUCUGGAAUUUCACCCACAAGUUUCCCCACUCCAGCCUGACCCCUGGCCAGCUCUUCCAGCCCAGCCCCAGAGCAGGGCCCGGGCAGCACCCAGACCCUGGCCUCACUUACGUCCCCCUUUUCCCAGAGGUAGAAGGGUAGUGCUGAACCCUGGCCAAGUGCUGCAAGCAGGGCUGAGGUAGGGGAGGGGAAAGGAGAGGGGCCGGCCAGGAGAGCAGGGGGCCCAGAGCAGGCAUCGGGCAGGGCAGGUAGUGGUGGUGGAACACCAAAGGCCCCUCCUCCUGGGCUUCGGUCUCCUCCUCCUCUUCAUACGCCGCCUCCUGUUGACCCUCCAGGUAGACCUGGGGAUUGUACAAGAGGGGAGGGGAGAUGAUACAGGAUCACGCUCUCCCAGCCACCACUCCUCCAUUCCUCUAAAUUAUUUCUCCAGAUACCCAGCACAAAACAGCUACUGUUUAUUGGGCAUUUACUACACACAAGCAAGGCUCUUCGGAGACAUUUAUUCCUUAUUUUGCGGAUGGGAAAAACUGAGGCUUGGAGGUUAAGUAACUUUUCUAAGGUCACCCAGCUAAUAAGGCCAAGCAGGGACCGGAGGAAUCCAGGUAUGACUCCAGAGCUGGGGCCAGGAGUCCAGCAAGCUGCCCCUGGCCUCAGGAUACGGGGUUACGGACAGGGUUCUUGGACUCUUUAAUCAAUAGAAAUUGAUAAGAAGCCAGCCAAGGAAUUCAGGCUGGGAAUUCACUGGGACUCAUGCUGCACGAGGGAGUGAGAACAAGAGAGAGGUGCCCCCACUCGCUCCCCAAGGAGAGUGGGCUGGUUUCUUAAAUGGGGAGAGGGGAGGGACUGAUUGGCGGGUUGGGCUGGAGGGGAGGCUUAGGUGGUCCGCCCACCCUCUUGGUGGCGCUGUGUGCAGGAAUCAUGCUCAGUACCCUACUUUUGCACCUCAGAAAUGGCAACUGAUUGGUGACCUUUUUGUAUCUUAUUGUUCAUAAUUGCCCCACCUGCGCAUGCGUGCCAUUAUUUUUAGUCUCAUUUCUUUUGUAUUCUGCGGCUCGAAGAGACGUUUGUCCAGGUGCAAGCACUGCAGCACUGCAGCAAAGGGUCCCGGGUCCCAGCCUGUCUCAAGCCCCAGUCCCUGGACCCACUUGUGCCCCACUUGUUGAGGUAGGGCGCUCCUCCCAAGGGCCCCCUGAGGGCCUGGGGUUGAAGGGGUGGCAGCAGCUCCUCAGGGUCUCCCUCUGCCUCGACUCCUCUGACCGGCCCCUCCAUGAAUCUCUGUCCGCUCCCUCCAAGCUGACAGGCAUCCUCUCACCACCUGGCUGUCACCCCUCCAGACCUCUCAGGCUGCCCACUGCUGGCUGAAUAAGGCUCAGCCUUAGAGCUCCUCCCCUCCCAUGCACCCAUCCCCUCCCCCCUCCCCCCCCCCUACAUAUACACAGGGUUUCCUCCAUUCUGUCUCCUGAUUCUGCCCCUGCCCACCUAGAUGGUGGACACACCCCUCACCUCCUCCAAACAUCAGAAUCCUGCCUGGCUUUCAAGGGCUGGUUCUAAGGCCACUUGCUCCUCCAAGGAGAAGCUCCUCAUGCCCCAACCAGGUGGCCCUCACACUUUGUGGCCAUCACAGCCAAAGUUGCCUUGUAUUCAUAGUCAUUCAUUUAUUCAUUCACUUGUUCAACAAACAGCAACUGAACCCCUAAUAAGUAUCAGGCACGCUGCAGGCCCAGGGUACGAUGGUGCCUCCCCUCCUGGGUCUGCAGUCCAAUGGGGGAUUCACUGCAGGGAAACCUUGAAAACAAGACCCGAGUGGUCUGGAUUUGGGGACCUGCUACCUCCACUCCAUGGAGGCUGACACGGGGGCCUGGCACAUAACAGAUGCCGAACAGACCUAGCCAGGUAGAUGAGGGCUGGCUCCUGGCUCCCCUGCUGCCUGCUCCUUUUUCUCAAGGUGGGGGGAACCCUAAAUGGAUGCCCACCUCUGGCCCUGCAGGUGGGCAGCCCUGGUAGCCCACCCCCACUCCCCCACCUCCCGCCCACGCACCUGCGGGCCGGACCAGGCAAGCCCCGGGUUGAGCACCGCUGCCACCUGGCCACUCAGAAGCAGCUGGUGCAUCUGCGCGUUCUGCAGCAUCAUCAGUUCCAGCAGGUCUAGGGGACGGGAGUUCAGCAGGCCCGCGCCAGAACCCCCCCUGCUCUUGCCCCGACCCCAGGGCCUUUUCCCCAACUCCAGCUUCGGGGGGAGGGCGGGGGAAGGAGGGGGUGCAGCAAGGACGCCCAGAGAAUGUGCCGGGCAGAGUGGGGUACAAAGUGGGGAGAUCCCGGAGUCUCACCUUCCUUCACGCGGCCCGGCCGUGGGGACGGAGGUGGGAUGGCCCACAGGAGGGGCUGCGGAAUGGUCACCCAGGGCUGGGGGGACGGGGAGACUCAGUCAGACUAGGUGGGGAAGGGAUGGGGACCCCCUCCUCGCUCCCCACGCCUUUGAGUCGCUUCCCUAACCUCGCAGGAGCUUCUCCCCUCCGCGGCCCCAUGGCCUCCCUGUCAAGUCUCUUCCUCUCUGGCUGGGGUCGCUCUCCUCACCCACCCCCACUCCUCCAGGGUUCAGACCCCCCAGGGACAGCUCCCCAAGUCAGCCCACCCCUCCACCCCGCCCCCAAGGCCUUCCAGGUAAAGGCAGGCUCUGGUCCCCGACUCAGCCUUCACCGUCGAGGCUGCAGUCUGUGCUGGGGGAUGACCCCAGCUCCCUCCAGUCCCCGAGGCCAUGGCCAGCUGCUGCGGAUCAGGGUUACCUUGACGACGCUGGGCGACGCCAAAGUCUCCUCCUACGCAUGCGCAGGUCCCGCCAGCGUUCCGGUUCCUGGGGCGUUCGCCCUUUGUCGCCGCCUCCUGCUCUUCUCUCUCCACCUCUAGGGACGACGGGUCCCGAGGACCCUCACCCCCCACCCCCGGAGGCCCAACUCUCUCCCAGAUGUCCACAUCCAAACCCCCGCGCCGUGGCUGCCUGGGCAUCGCGGCUCAUCCCUCGCUGUACCUCGCACCCUUGGGCAUCCCCGGCACGGAGCCUGGGGGGCCGAGUUUGUUGAGUGAAUGCGUGAGCAGCUGGGGAGGCCCGCCCCAACUCGGACACUUGGUUUUGGGGGCCCAGUGCCCAACUGACUAGGGUGAUGAGUUAGGAGUAGAGAAUUCUGUUGGAGCAGGCUUGGGGGCAAGGGGCAGGUGAGUGAGGAGGGCAAAGGAUUUGCUCCCUGUCGCUCUGAAUCAGAGGGCUGUCCUGCGGGCCAAGAGUGGUUUCUGGAGGCCACCAAGGAAGGAAACACCAACCAGGUUCACGGAAAAGGCUGGCCCCUGUUCGCUCCCCGGUUCCUGGCCAAGGGGAGCCACGGCUCCAAAGAGGUGGCAAAGUCUGGGGAGUUUAACAUCAGUGCCCUUCGUCCCGGAAAAAUUACCAACGCUUGCGUUCUUUCAACAGGAAGUUAUCGAGGUCUUCUUUGCUUAAGAACAGGUGAAGGGAGAGAUCUAUUUCGGCAGCUGUGACCAUCCUAAGAUAGGCCCUGAGCAGCCGUCGAAGAAAAUCCAGACAGGAAGCUGGGAUUAGCACCCCAGAGUUGCCUUCCCCCACCCUCCACUCCUGUUCAGCUCCCCUUCCCAGAAGUCCUGGUGUCUAGAGCCAGAAAGACCAUUCCCACCUCCUCCUUUGUACCUUCACCCCUGUCUCCAGGAGAUGGGGACUGUGGGCAUUAGCUGUCCCCGUGGGUCUUACGGCCUUGACAGCCGUCAUCAAGCUGAGAUCGGGCACUGUGGUCACAGGCCCGCAGUGAGUGGGAAGGACACAGAGGCGCGUCUUUCCAUCUCCACCCUCAUUCCAGGGAGAAAGAUGAAACCAGCCCUUAUGCUCACCAUCAGCAAACUUUGACCCAGGAGGUGCCUGUGUGUGUGAGGUGCCCUUCUGAGCACUGUAGACACAAUAGUGUAUCCUCGCUGGUUCCAGCGUUGUUGGGAAGUGAAAUACUCCCCUGAAAGGAGAGCAAAGAUACAAGACUGUGCAAAGUGCCCUCCGAGUGAACCAUACAAGAAGGGAUCAUGAAAAAGAGAAAACUCGGUCACUGAAGGGUGGAGUUCUGAAGGAGGUAGAGAUCCUUGGGAUGGGGCCAAGCAGUGUGAGAGGGAGAGGGCAGCCCAGGCUGGGAACACAGCCAGAGCAAAGGUGCAGAUGCGGGAAUGGACAGGGCCUGUAGAGAUCCAGUGGCUCAAACUGCCUGGCUAGGGUAGGGGAUCUGGGCAGAGGGAAGUUCCAGGCAGACACAGGACAGACUCAAAGGCCAAGUUAUAGAAGUGAGGCUUUGCCAUGUGGGUAAUGGGAAGCUCUUGGUGGGUUUUGAGCAGGAGAGAAAUAAGGGGACGAUGUGUGCACAACCACAUUUUAGAAAGAUUUAUCUUGCUUGUCAUAUCUUUGUUUAUGUCAACCAGAAUUAGAAAGAACAAAUGUCUGAUGGGAUGUGUCCUCCCAAUGGAAUACUAUUCCGCCAUUGACAAUUUUGGUAUAGAACAGAUCUACUGAUGUGGAAUGAUGUCCAAGAGAGUCAAGCAAAACAAUCAGAAAGCAUAGUAAGAUCUUAUUUUUGUUUUAAAAAUUAUAUGUAUUUAUGUGCAUCUGUGGGGGGCGGGGGAGAAAGAGAGGGAAGGAGGGAGGGAGGGAGGGAGAGAGAGGGGCAAUUAUAGAGAAGCUGUCAGGGCUGCCCAUACCCGCCAGCCUCCCCAGUUCUCCACACCUUCACAGUGCUUCCUGGGAUCUCCUGCCAAAUAAACUUCUUGCUGCCAAAUCCUUGUCUCAGGCUCUACUUUUGGGGGAAUCCAAACUUAAGACACCAGUCUCCCACUUUCACCAUUUCUGCUGCCCAGGCUGCUGCUAACUCCUGGGAAAAGCUAUUCUAGCAGCUCUCUGAUAAAUUUGUGUUCAACGACGUGAAAUACCGAAGUUGACAUUGAAGUACAUUCGCCUGGGAGUAUAAUGGUCCAUGGAUUAAACUGAGGCAAAGGCUGGAGGCAGGGAGGCCAGCAAAGAGGCCACCUUCCUUCCCUGUAAAGGAAGCUCAGAGCAGGCUGGAGGUGGCUGUAGGAAAGAGGCAGGAAGAGGUGAUCAUUUCAAUACCUCAGAUAUAAGAUUGCAUGUUAACCUUACAUGAGACUUACUUGUAUUUUGGAAGACAGGGUUGAGAUAAAAACUACCUGGCUUCUGGUACCCAAUUAGAGGUGUCAAAGGAAAUUGAAGCAUUUGUCCUUUGAAUAAUGGGAAAACCACACACUUAUCUGGCAGCGCUAUUUUGCUUACAGAUCUAACUUCAGUCCUACAGUGGAGGAGGUGCCUUUCUGGCUACUUGUCCUGCCUACUAUUGUUUUCUUUGGGGUGUUGAACACUCCACCUAAUCUCUUUCCAUUCUUCUCAGUGGGGACUCAUUUGCAUCUUCAGUUUUUUGUUUUGGGUUUUUUGUUUGUUUGUUUUAGUGUCCCAAAACAAUAUGUACCGAAAAUCCUCCCUGUUGCCUUGGUAAAUCUAUUCCUGGAAAUAAACUAGACAUGGGAAAAGA